AAAAUUAAAUGCAGGGUCAAAUCAAUGAUGAAAAUGACAGUUCAAAAGAUACAUGUAGGGAGGUCCAAUGUCCGCCAUAUUUAUAUUGCAAACCCGUUUUGUGAAAGUUAACAGUCGACGCUCGGCGAAAAAAAAAAGGCGAGGCUACUAAGCUAAUUCGGCUCAAAUUUCAGCAAAAAACCCUCAGCGACCCUCGGCAACAAACAUGUAGGUCCCCAGCUGCAGUGGGUCGUUUUCCUCCGAAAUUCAAUAAUUGAUUGAUGAUUCGAAUCUGUCAGUGUGAAUUAAUGUGUGGAGCAUAUGCCAUUUAAAUACACAUUGUAAAGCUGUUGCCAGUGGAGUAUCACUGAAUUCAGACUGUGUAAUGGUCAAUACAUACAAGGUUGUAUUAUGUGGAAAGACUGGUGUGGGAAAGACGUCCCUUUUUCGACGCAUGUGUGGACUGCCUUUGGACUGUAAGAAGUCUGGCAAAACAACAAAGGAUCAUGAAUGCAAAGUAACAGUGGAAGUUGAGGAUAAAACUGUUGAGCUUGAUCUGUGGGACACUCUUGGGCUUGAGGCACAUGCCAAGUUGACACGCUCUCACUUUCUACUUAGCCAAGCCGUUCUGUUUGUGUACAGUGCAACUGAUAUAGAUUCACUUAGUCAAGCUGCUGAACUGCUACCCUUAGCCAAAAUGGAUGCACAAGGAGCUUGUUUUAUUUUGAUUAGAAAUAAGAUUGACUUGGUGGCAACUGUCAGUGAUGAUGAUGAGAUGGCAGCCAUUUCCACUGAUGCCUUUGCACUUCAGUUUAGAACUUCUGCUGUGACCGGUGAGGGAAUAGAGAAAAUGCUACAAUCAGUAGCUUCUCAUUUGAUGAAAAAAGCCACGCCCAUGAAAUCCAUAGGUCGUUCUACAUGCUUGGAGGGAUGCCCUGAAGGCAGCUCAUCUGCCCAAUUCUCUUGUAAUGGAACUAAUGAGAUUGUUACUUUGCAAAUGGAAGUACCUUGCAGGAAAAAGAAAUGCUGCUAUCGCUAACAUUAGAAACAACUUUUAAAGUUAGUAAUAAUGUGUUUUGUUAGUGAAAAUGUUUUGAAGUCCUGGCAAUUUCCAAGGUUCAGUUAUUCAGAGGAUCAGUACUAACUACUUAUUAACCCUGAGUGAGGUCUUUAUGGGAAAAUUUCAAACCGAGACCUUGACGUAUUGACCGAGCGAUAGCGAGGUCAAUACAGCAAGACUGAGGUUUGAGAUUUUCCCACAAAGACUGAAUAUUUAAGGGUAAUAAGUUGUUUAUUAUAAUUAUGGCUUUUUGCUUUGUUUUUGGGGGCCCAUAAUCAGCCCAUGGGCAUUACGGAGAGAAUAAAUAAAUGCCCUACAAUUGGCCAAUCAGAGCGUGCAUUAUAUCGUCUACAAACACAAGCCAUAAUAAUAAUGUAAAUUAUGUCUACAUGAUGAUCCAUUAUCUACCCACUUGAUGUACAAGGUAGACAGCGUGGAAUCGCCUAUAGCAAACCAAUCAGAUUGGUUAAAAUGACAAAUAAGUAAUAAGGAUUUUAUCAUGAAGUUUAGUAACACUUUUUUAUUACUUGGAGAGGUUUUAAAUUGAGUGCUGGAAAGUAAACAUGUUUGGUUUUGGUUUUGCUAUGGUUUCAGUGAGAUUGGCUGAGUGGUCUAGUUUGUUUAAGUAAUUGAUUUGGUUUUGGUUUUAUGACAAUUGAAAACCGCUCUAUUAAUAGAAAGGGGUAGUACGAGUAAUACUAAUAUUGACAUUAAUAGUGCUUUAUUUUUUUAAAUGUUUUAUUGUGACAUGUAGAUGUACUGUACAUAAUGUUAGUUUUAGGUAGUGUUAUAUAUAACAUAAAUGAGGGAUAACAUUAUUUUUAAAUUUUAUUCUAUGAUCAUUGGGAUAAACACUUGCAAAUGGGGAUGUAUUUGGUUUCUGACAGAAAGAAACUGGAGCCAAGAGUGUUGCUGUAGCAAUGGCAUGACUGUUGACAUUCUGAUUCUUUUGUCAUGUACAUUUUUGAUGCCAAGGAUGAAAAACACUGCCUUUAUAUUUCUAGAUUCUUAUUUUAUUGGAACUACAUUAUAAAUUUCUAUUUGUACAUGCAUUUAUGACAUAAUCACUUUCCUCAUUUGCAUAACACAAAAUCGUAAUAAAUAUCUCUAAAAUGAAAGAUGAUAUUUCAAAAAGGAA